ACUUUCCGGACCAACAUACACGUGCUUUAUUAGCUGGUCAAUUAUUUGACAGGAUUGUUUCAGAUUUAAACACAGUCGUUAUUUAUCACUCUUCUAAAAUAAUGUUAGGAAAUUCAGAAAUCAUUGCAACAAGUUCAUUAACAAAUUGGCUGAGGGAUGCUAUUAAAG